AAGAAAACAACACCAUACGUUGCUCUCAUCGACAAUUUCCUAGAUUUACUUGCCCUGCUACGUGUCAUUAAAUGAAACAGCAACUUUGCCUGCUUAUCUCAUGGUUAGAGAAAGAUUCUUGAAAGAAUAGUUAGGUAAUUGUCAUUGGCAAAUUCCUAUGCAACUCGUCAAUGUUCGCUUUAUAAAGUUUGUGUGUAAUGAAAUGUCAACUUUACCUUCUAGCUCUUAUUGUCAUCAACGCGGCAUGACUUGACUUAACUUGGCCUGGCUUUAGUUAGGGAAGGCUUUGUUUUAGGAAGGAACCUUGGGAGAAAAUCAUUCUAAUCUGUAGAUUCUCCUAUAACUCAUCUAUAAGAAUGGAUGGGAUUGGAAGCGUAUGCACAGAUAGAAACUCAUCCUCAAAUAUUUUGAGUGUUUCAAUAUAUAGGAGUGUGAUACGUAUUUGCUUUUCUUGUUAUUUCUUGGGUGUUAAAGAUUUUAUUUGAAUUUCUUCUUCUUUCUUGGGGGUCAGGAUUUCAUUUGUAUUUCUUCUUUUCUUUGGUUCCAGAAACCAUAUUUCCAAUUGCUAUUCUUUCUUUGAGGGAAUCUUAAGAAUUGCUAAAGAUCAGAGCUAUGGUUAAUCCAGUUUUUCUUGUAGUCAGUCCUAUUGUUAGUCAGAUAGCUAAACUUGCUGCUACCUUGAUCAAAGACGAGUUUCUUUUGCAAUGGGGUCUCAAGAAUGAUAUGGAGAAGCUGUCGAGCAAUCUAACAGCUAUCCAUGCCACACUACAUGAUGCAGAGGAGAGGCAACUAGAGGAGAAGCAUUUAAGAGACUGGCUUGGAAAGCUUAAAGAUGCAGCUGAUGAUGCAGAGGACGUACUGAAUAUUUUCGCUACAGAAAUUUUUCUUUGGAAGAGAAAGCAUGAAGCACGCAGAAUUCCAACUCCUAUAAGUUCAAGUAAGAUUCUAAUUCAAUCGGAAACUGCACAUAAGAUUAAGGAAAUUUCUGCAAGAUUGGGGGUAAUUUCUGAAGAGAAACAAAAGUUCCAUCUCAACAGCAAUGUCAAUGGUGGAAUGUCAUCACAAUCCCAUGACCGUCCACCGACAGAUUUUUUUGUGGACACAAAGGAUGUUUUUGGUAGGGAGGAUGAUAAAGAAAAAAUAAUUGAUCUGUUGCGGUCAGAUAAUUCUGAUGAAGAAGGCAACCUUUCUGUCAUUCCCAUCAUUGGAAUGGGAGGACUUGGCAAAACAACUCUUGCUCAACUCGUCUACAAUGAUAAGAGGGUAGAGGAGUGUUUCAGCCUGUCUAGGAUGUGGGUGUCUGUCUCAGUUGACUUCGACUUGAUAAGGAUCCUUAGAGGGAUAAUGGAGUCCUAUUCCAAGAUGAGUCUCCCUUCUGAAUUAUCCGCAGACCUGGUAACGUCUCGUUUCCGAGAAUUUUUGCCUGGUAAACGUUUUUUACUUGUUCUAGAUGAUGUCUGGAAUGACAAAUACGAGCUUUGGGAGCCACUUCUGCAACUCCUUAAAUUAGGGAAGAACGGAAGUAAAGUUUUAGUAACCAGUCGCAGUCAAAGGGUUGCGGAUGUUGUUGGCACUAGACCUGCCCACCUUUUAGGGUAUUUGCCUGAAGAUAAAUGCUGGGAGCUGUUUGAAAGAAUUGCAUUCAAGAAGGUUAAUCUUUCAGAUCGUCUGCUAAUAAAAGAGUUGGAGGACAAUGGCAAGGAAAUUGUUGCCAAGUGCAAAGGUUUGCCUUUGGCGGUGAAGGCAAUGGCGGGUAUGUUGCGUGGCAACACUGAUCCAGCCAAGUGGAGAAGAAUUUCGAAAAGCAAUAUGUGGGAGUUAGAAGAUCAAAAUAUUCUACCAGCCCUUAAAUUGAGUUAUAAUCACCUGCCAUCUCAUCUGAAGCAAUGUUUUGCUUUCUGUUCUAUAUUUCCCAAGGCCUAUGCUUUCGAUAAGAAACAGUUGGUCCAACUCUGGAUGGCUCAAUCCUUCAUUCUUCCCACAGGAGAAAAUAACGCAGAGGAGACUGGAGCUGAAUAUUUUGAUUUGUUGCUCACGAGGUCUUUCUUCCAACUGCUGAACAUCGACAAGAAGGUGCUAUACAGAAUGCAUGAUCUUAUCCAUGAAUUAGCACUAUCAAUUUCAGGUUCUCAAUGUUGCCUAGUCAAGGAUAACGAAUCAGAUAUCCACCCUGGAAAUUCUCAAAAUUGGCGUCAUGUUUCCCUGCUUUGUCAAAAUGUUGAAGAGCCUUUCAUGAAGAUAGCUGAUAAUUCCAAGAAGCUGCGCACACUCCUAUUGCCUCGUGAGCACUUGAAGAAUUUUUGUCAGGUCCUUGAUAAGUUGUUUCAUUCAUUGAAAUACCUUCGUGCCUUGGAUUUGAGUUCAAGCACGCUUCUCGAAUUGCCAAGCUCUAUUGAAGAGUUAAAGCUGUUGCACUACCUUGACCUCUCUCAGACAGAAAUCAAAGAACUUCCCAACUCAAUAUGCAACUUGUGCAAUCUACAAACUCUGAAACUCUUGAGGUGCCUUUGGCUUUUCGAGCUCCCUAAGGACCUUGGCAAUUUGGUUAAUCUCUGUUUUCUUGAGUUGGAUGAUAUGUUCUGGUUCAAAUGCAAAACUUUGCCACCAAAUAUUGGAAGCUUAAAAGGGCUGCACAAUCUGCACACAUUCAGGGUUGGCAACCAGACUGGAUAUGAACUCAGACAAUUGAAAGAGAUGGCGCAUCUUACAGGAACAUUGCACAUUUCAAACCUUGAAAAUGCAGUUGAUGCAGCAGAGGCUAAACUGAAUGAGAAGGAGAGGCUUGAGAAGAUAGUUUUUGAGUGGACUAGCAGAGAAGUCAGUUCACAAGAUGAAGCAGCAGAAGAGACCGUGCUUGAACGUCUUCAACCUCACUCAGAUCUCAAGGAGCUUGCAAUUUCUCACUACGGAGGAGCUAGAUUUCCACCUUGGAUGACAGAUGGGCAGCUCAGGAAGCUGGUCAGCAUUUCCUUGUAUAAUUGCACAAAAUGCAAAGUCCUCUCCUUUGAUCAACUACCCAGCCUCAGGUCUCUCCAUAUUAAAAAGAUGCAGGAGUUGGAAAUACUGCAAUGCUCCUCCCUACUUCAGCUAAGGAUUAGUGACUGCAACAGACUGACAGAGUUAACUGAGUUCUUGCCUUACCUGAGAGUUUUGAAGAUCAAAAGAUGUGCUUCAUUGAAAGCUCUUCCUGUGACCCCAUCUCUGAUGUUUCUGACACUUGUUGACAAUCUUGUUCUCGAGGAUUGGCAAGAAAAAGUACUGCAAUUAAUCUCCAGAAAUGAUCAAGGAGAGAAUGUCAGCCAAAUCCAUCAUUCUUUCAUGGGUCUUCUGGAGAUGAAAGUCAUUGACUGCCCCAAGCUGGAAGCACUUCCCCGAGUCUUUGCUCCACAGAAACUAGAGAUAAGUGGAUGUGAACUGUUGACUGCCCUCCCGCCGACAGGGUUUUCACAGCGUCUUCAGCAUUUAGCACUAGACAGAAGCAAUAAUAGAAUUUUACUGAGGAAAAUACCUGAAACGAGCUCUCUUUACUCCCUGGUCAUUUCCAAUAUGGCAAAUGUAGUAUCUUUACCGAAAUUGCCUCAUCUUCCAGGGCUCAAGGCUUUGCACAUCCAUAAUUGUGACGAUCUUGAGUCUUUAUCUGAAGAAGAAGAAUCAUUUCGAAGCUUAACAUCGCUCAGGUUAUUAUCCAUUCAAGGCUGUCAAAAACUUUUGACAUUGCCAAAUGAAGGGCUACCAACUCUCCUAGAGUGUUUGAGUGUUAGCUCUUGCCGCAAAUUGCAGUCUCUAGGCAGCAAGGAGACUUUGAAGAGCCUUACCUCGCUCAAAGACCUUUACAUUGAGGACUGUCCUCUGCUGCGGUCCUUUCCUGAGGAUGGCCUUCCUACUUCUCUCCGACAUUUGUACAUCGAAAAAUGUCCGGAGCUGACUGAGCAAUGCAAAAAGGAAGGAGGACCAGAAUGGUCAAAGAUCAUGGACAUCCAUGACCUGGAAAUUGAUUUCAUAGAGGAGUCUUCAACCCCAAAAUUGCCAAAGAAGAAACCUUGGUAUCGUCAUGUUUUCUGUGGGAAAGGAACUGAAGACUUGAAAGGAGAUGGAUCCAAAACACAUACUGUGUAAAGCAUCGCAAAGUGAUCAAGCAGCUUAUUUCUGGGUUGGAAGUGAAAACCGAAAUCUUUGCAAGGAUACAAUUAAUAUUUAUAUCUUCCAAUAAGUGUCACUGGAUGGUUUUAGAAGAAAUUGAUUUUCCUGCUAUUUUAUUUGUCUCAUGUCUUCAUAAUUCAAGUAAUGACCAGUUACCCAGGGAGCAACAACUGCUUAUUUGAUCAGUCUCACCAUGCACAUUGGAGAGAAUUUUUUUGUAACUUGUUGCUCCAUGCUGGUUGUUGGCUUUGUUAUCUAGUGUUUGCUUUGAGGCUUGUUUUUCUUGCCCAGUAGGGUCUUGCUUGUAUUUGUAAUUUACCUGCCUGUAUUUCAAAUUUCCAAUUAAUAAGCGAAGCAUCUGGUUCCUGAA